AAAAAAAAAAAAAAAAAAAAACCAAGUUGAUUACAGGCUCUCUGUCUCUCUCCCCUUUGCCCUGCGCCGUUCCGUUGUGUUCAGCGAUUCAGCACACCCUUCCCGGCGCCAGUUUCCUGUCCUCUUAACUCUCCUCCGCAACUCUAACAUCCAGAUCGCGACAUGUGUUCAAGGUAUAUUCGUUAGUGCUUAAUGCUUCAAUGGAGUAUCUUGGUUCUGAAACAAGUACUCCUAGUCAGAUUGGGGACCGAUCAACCAGUGAUGUUGUUGUGAGGAUACGCACAGAGGAUGGGCGGGAUGAUCGGCUAUAUUGUCAUUCCCAGAUCCUCAUAGAAAAGAGCAAGUAUUUCGCUGAUCGCCUCUCUGAAAAUUGGCCGACAUGUCAGAUUCUUGACUCACGCAACUGCGUUGACGUAUACUGCCAAGAGUCAGAAUUUGACCACCAUGUCAGUGUUCUCCGCCUUUUUUACAUCAUAGUAGAUGGCUUAGUUGAUGACUUGUGGCAUGGUGUAAAAAACGCCAUUGGAAUUCUCCAGGUGGCUGUCAAGCUUGGAUGCCCACAAAUCAUAACUGCUUGUGUGAACUACUUGGAAGCAGUUCCCUGGGAAGAGUCCGAGGAGGAGGAGAUUUUAAAGAUCAUACCACGCUUGGGAUCACAAGUGGAGCCAAUUCUUGCCCGUCUUCUUCCAGUCAAUCACUCAUCAAUCAUGGCGAUAUUUUUGUCAACCAUCCGAUUUGCCACAUCGUCCCCUCUUCCAAUCAUGAAUGAUCUCAAGUCUUCUGCCCAGGAGCAGCUUGAGUACAUGCUAACUGAAGACGAUGAUGCCCCUCUCCUAACAGCCGAUGAUGAGAUUAAAUCCGAGGUGAAAGAAUGUGUGAAGAGACUAUAUGGAAGAUUUAAUAAUCUAUUAGAAGCUUUGUUAAGUGAAGUAGAAUUAUCUUCUGAUGGAGGGAAGAUGCAAUCAUUUCAAAGGCUUUUAUCAGAUCUGUCGUGGGCGUGCCAGAUUUUAACUAAGUUGGAAAUUAUGAGGGAACUUGUCUGCAAUUGGAUGGAUGCAUCGGAUAAAAUAGUUAAGGCUGUAAAGCAAGCAAGGCCGACAACUGAACUGAUUGAGACAAAGCUUAGGGUUGUUGAGGUUGCAGCAAAGAUUCUAGAGGCAAUAGGUUACGGCACUGUCAUUUUGCCAACUGCAAAACGGCUUCAUAUGGUAAAGGUAUGGCUUCCUUUUGUGAGGGUUGCGAAACCAGUGAUUGAUUCCGCCACAACUACCGGUGAUGAUGCUCCUACGCUGAAGAUGGAUAGUGAGCUGUGGCAAUCGUUGGAAUCGACAUUUGUUUCCAUAAUUCUUGCACUUCCAUCUGUUGAACAGGCAGAGAUAUUGACCGAAUGGUUGGAGAACGAACAUAUUCAAUAUCCUGACCUGACUGAGGCAUUUGAGGUAUGGUGUUACAGAUCCAAGGUUUCCAAAAGAAGACUAUCGUUUAUAUCGGUGAACCAUGACAAAAUCGAUACACAUUAAGUCGUUAACCUCUUCUCUUGACCCUUUUCAACCGUUUUAGUAGCUACUGGUUUCUCGGACACCCUUUCUUAACCAAUGUGUUUUGCAAAAACUUGGGGAGAAGGGGUUAAUGAUCGCGGAAGUAGAUGGAAUAUUUGAACUAGUAGCUCUGUUGUGAACUUGUUCUGUAUAGACUGAAUCUCGCUAGGUUGUCAUGUCAUUUAAUUUCGGGUCUCGUAACUCCGGCUCAUAUGUAAAAAAUUGUAAUUGUUGGGGUUCUUCAUGAAACAAGGCUACCCAACUCAAAUCUCCUAGUUAAUUUUGUAAGUAUGAAUACCGUAUUUGAAGAGUAUCAGUGAGAGUUGCUUCCAUUUUGCGUA